AGAGCAGGAAAGGCUGAGUCCACACUGCAAGUGCAGAGAGCAGGAAACUACCUUGAGUUAUUCUAUCCAAACCCAAGUCUCAGAGUUCCUCAAUUUCCCAAGAAGGCAGUGAUAGAGGCCACAACCCUGGGGGUCAUCUCUCAAGGCACCAAUAGUUUUGCAGCCCAGAAGGAGUCAUGUGCAUGUCGUAAGACUUAAGGAAAUGCAGGGACCCUCCUAUUUUCUCCUGCAAAGUUGAAAAAUCUGCAUGCAGUUGGAAGGGAUCUUCAGAUGGUGCUGGUGACUUUCUGUUCCUUUUGGAGUUGACAUGCAUAUGGAUUGGAGGAAAAAUAAUCGACAUACAUCCUCCUUUCAUACUGUUUAAAUCACAGGAAGAAGUGCCUUGAAGACAAAGAUCAAACCAAAAUGACAACUGCUCAAGUUUACUGUCAAUAUUGCACAGCAUCACUUCUUGGGAAGAAAUAUGUGCUAAAAGAUGACAGUCCAUACUGUGUUUUAUGUUAUGAUCGUAUGUUUUCUAACUACUGUGAGGCGUGCAAAAAACCAAUUGAAUCCGAUUCUAAGGAUCUUUGUUACAAAGACCGGCACUGGCAUGAAGGAUGCUUCAAGUGCACCAAAUGCAAUCACUCUUUGGUGGAAAAGCCUUUUGCUGCGAAGGAUGAGCGGCUGCUGUGCACGGAGUGCUAUUCUAAUGAGUGCUCCUCCAAGUGCUUCCACUGCAAGAGGACUAUCAUGCCUGGUUCCCGCAAAAUGGAAUUUAAGGGAAACUACUGGCAUGAAACCUGCUUUGUGUGUGAGAAUUGCCAGCAACCUAUAGGGACAAAGCCUUUGAUCUCCAAAGAGAGUGGCAAUUAUUGUGUGCCGUGUUUUGAGAAGGAGUUUGCUCACUACUGCAACUUUUGUAAGAAGGUGAUAACUUCAGGUGGGAUAACAUUUUGUGACCAGCUAUGGCAUAAAGAGUGUUUUCUGUGUAGUGGCUGUAGGAAAGAUCUCUGUGAAGAACAGUUUAUGUCCAGAGAUGACUAUCCAUUCUGCGUGGACUGCUACAACCAUCUUUAUGCCAACAAGUGUGUAGCCUGUUCCAAACCCAUUACUGGUCUCACAGGUGCCAAGUUUAUCUGCUUUCAAGACAGCCAGUGGCAUAGUGAAUGUUUUAACUGUGGGAAGUGCUCUGUCUCUUUGGUGGGUAAAGGCUUCCUGACCCAGAACAAGGAAAUCUUCUGCCCAAAAUGUGGCUCCGGGAUGGACACUGACAUCUAGGAGACAGUCCUUUCCCACCAAAAAUCCACUCUUUGUUGUCACUAAAGCCAGAAUUCA